AUGACGUCCUUUGCCUCUUCAACUGCUCGAGCAGCUUCAAGGGUUCCUUCCAGUUCGGCUGGUGCUCGCCUUACCCAGAUGCGCAGUCAUUUCAGCACUUCGUCUGUGGCUCGAAAAGAAAUCCAAGAUGCAUAUAUCAUCUCCGCCUCCCGAACACCCACUGCCAAAUUCAAUGGCUCUUUCAUGGGUCUCUCUGCUCCUCAACUCGGUGCCGUCGCGAUUAAAUCUGCCGUUGAGAAGUCCAAAGUUCCCAUCGCUAAAAUCACUGAUGUCUACAUGGGCAAUGUUCUAUCAGCAGGCGCUGGUCAAGCCCCUGCACGACAAGCCCUGAUCUUUGCCGGUUUGCCAAACACCAUCGAGGCAGUCACCAUCAAUAAAGUCUGUGCUUCUGGCCUGAAAGCUGUUAGCACGGCGGCUCAAAACAUCCAACUUGGUCUUGCGGAGGCCCAAGUUGCGGGAGGUAUGGAAAAUAUGUCUCGUGUUCCAUACUUUGUGCACCGGGCUGCUCAACAACCCCCUUUUGGUCAUAUUCAACUGAAAGAUGGUCUGAUCGAGGAUGGUCUCUGGGAUGUUUAUAAUCAGUUCCAUAUGGGCAAUUGUGCAGAGAACACAGCCAAGAAGUACCAGAUUUCCAGAGAACAGCAAGAUGCUUAUGCCAUUCAAAGUUUCGAGCGCGCACAAAAGGCCUGGGCCGAAAAGAAAUUUGCUGAUGAAAUCGCCCCUGUCACCAUCAAAGGCAAGAAAGGUGAGACCGUCAUUUCAGAAGACGAGGGAUACCAAAAUCUCAAAAAGGACAAAGUUGCAACCUUGAAGCCUGCAUUUGUUCGUGAUGGUACCGGCACAGUCACUGCUGCCAACUCUUCCACGUUCAACGAUGGUGCAAGUGCUGUGGUGGUUGUCAACAAGGCUUUGGCUCAACAGUACGGCAAGGAUAGUCGAGUCCUAGCUCGCAUUGUCAGUUCUGCCGAUGCCGCAAUUGAUCCCGUUGAUUUCCCUGUCGCGCCAGCCAAGGCUGUUCCAAUCGCCUUGGAACGUGCAGGGAUUAAGAAGGAGGACGUUGCUAUUUGGGAGUUCAAUGAGGCUUUCGCCGCCGUCAUCAAGGCCAACGAAAAAAUUCUCGGUCUCGAGAAUGCCAAUGUCAACCCUCUCGGAGGCGCCAUCUCACUGGGUCACGCCUUGGGAAGCUCUGGUUCUCGCAUUCUUACAACACUACUCCAUCAACUGAAGCCGGGGGAGUAUGGUGUAGCAGCUAUUUGCAACGGCGGCGGUGCAGCCACUGCUAUGGUCGUGCAGAGGAUUGAGAGCGUUGAGUAA